ACAUCUCUAAGAUAAUAAUAGGUUAAAGUAUAAAGUCACAGCUAUCUUUUUUUUGUGUUUUCACUUCGAACUCAGAGGGGUGUCCAAACAAAGCUUGCGUGUCAAUUCUACCCUCUACGUUUGCGCGAUGGAAAAUAUAUCUAGGGAUACCCAUCGCAAAUUUCUAAAAAUAUAUUUUACAGUUAUAAGAUGCAGUGGGAUGUUUGCGCUUAUGCCUUCGACAAAAAUAGGCUGGAGAAUACUGAAUAUUUUUUACAAAUAUUUAAAUUUCGCAAUUCUUAUUUUUUAUCAGAUAACUCUUGGGGCAGACGCUCUGAAUCAUGUCACCGAUAUAACGAUAUUUGGAAACAACGGUUGCUUUUUUUUUGGGGUGUGCAAUUCUAUUUUUAAAUUCUGGAAAUUUUCGGUUAUGCAAGAUAAAAUUAUUGAACUCGCUGAAGAAAUUUACAGCCCUGUAGAUGUACUUCUACAGUCUACAGAUCGUGGAAUAUUAGUUAACAUAAAAAGUGUAUUAUUUUGGGAACAAUUACAAUACUAUUCAUGUAUAACGUCAAAUGUAUUCCUGACAAUAGCCUUAUUAUUUUUGACGCCUAUUGAAAAGGGUUCCUUGCCAAUGCGAGCUAUAUACCCUUACGACAUAACAGUUUCGCCGAAUCACGAACUCACAUUCUUCUACCAAUUUUAUUGCGUGGCCUACUGUCUGAUGGUAGUGAUAACAAUUGACGCCUCAGUAAUUGGAAUGAUGAGAUGGUUGACGAUCCAAAUUCUUGCACUGACUAACAACUACAAAUACUGUAACAGCAAGUUAUCGAAACGCGCUGGUCUAGUUUCUCCGCUCAAAGCUUGUAAAACUCUUGAAGGAAUUGACGCCAUGAAAAUUGAAUACGAAGAUACUGAGAUAUUAGAAUUUUUGGCCUUCGAUAAGCAAAAGGUCGAAGACUGCGAUGAUGACUACAUCGGAAGAUUUAAAAGUUGCAUCAAACACCAUCAGAGAAUCAAAAAACUAAUGAACGAUUUUAACGACAUUUUCAGCGAUUUUCUGAUGAUGCAAUUUGCAAGCAGUUUAUUGAUCAUUUGUUUUAAUGGCUUCAUGAUGUUAAUUGAAAUGGAGAAAGGAGCCAAUUUUAUAAAAUUCUUUAUUUACUUGAGUAUGUGUUUUGGUCAGUUACUCGUGUAUUGUUACUACGGAAAUCAGUUUACUGACGUGGCAAACAGUUUGACAUACAAUCAGUGGAUGUCGGGAUGGGAGUCCACGGAUGAGAGGAAUAAUAGUAAUAAGCUGAGCAAUCUCGUGACAAUAUCGAUGAUACCGACAUUGAAGCCGCUGGGAUUCAAAGCACUUGGCUUGUUCGAAUUGUCGAUGCCGACGUUUUUGGCGAUUGUAAAAAGCUCAUAUUCUACAUUGAUACUUCUGACGACAGUUGCCUCAGAUUGAUGAUACAGUACCAGAAAUUUUCUUCUAUAGUUUUGUUAAAUAACGACUCCACAAUUAAUGUUAGUUAACACCUGAAAGUAUAAAAUAAAUCUAGUUGUUACUGAAA